UGUUCAGACUGGCCAGGUUUCAAGUCCUCGGUAGCCACAUGAGGCCCGUGGCUACCAUAUUGGACAGCACAGUUCUAGAAUGUUCUUUUCUCAUGCCUUUGCGAGGCCAAUAACUACUCCCCCUCAAGACUCAGCCUCCCCACCCUCCUGCUCUCACCCUACCUGGGGGUGAGGUUGUGUUCCACGCAGCCCCCUUGCUGAGCCUGUCACAUUGCCUUCCUUUAUUGUGGUGAGGUUAGGGUGUCUGUUCAUCCAUCUGCUCUGUGGGUGGUAAGCAACUUGAGGACAGAGAUGACAUCAGUUCUUCUCGGUAUCCUCAGUGCUGGCACAAUCCAGGCAUAUCCUACCCUUUCUGGAAAUGACUGCUGAAGGAAUGAGUGGGUGCUACAAGUCAUGUUGGGAUCGUGACCUCAAUUCCUUUACAUGGCCACGUCUCAUAGCUCUUUGGUUGAGAUGUGAAAACUGGAAACCACUCUUUCUCUUAACAGGCAGGAUUCCCACAUGGCUGCAGGGCACCCUGCUCCGCAAUGGGCCUGGAAUGCACACAGUGGGGGAGACCAGAUACAACCACUGGUUUGACGGCCUGGCCUUGCUCCACAGCUUCACAAUUAAAGACGGUGAAGUCUAUUACAGGAGCAAAUACCUAAGAAGUGACACCUACAAAGCCAACAUCGAGGCCAACAGGAUUGUUGUGUCAGAGUUUGGAACGAUGGCCUAUCCGGACCCCUGCAAAAAUAUAUUUUCCAAAGCUUUCUCCUACUUGUCCCACACCAUCCCCGAUUUCACAGACAACUGCCUGAUUAACAUCAUGAAGUGUGGAGAAGACUUUUAUGCGACCACAGAGACCAAUUACAUCAGGAAAAUCAACCCACAGACUCUGGAGACCCUGGAGAAGGUUGACUAUCGCAACUACGUGGCUGUAAAUCUGGCAACAGCACAUCCCCAUUAUGAUGCUGCCGGAAAUGUUCUGAACAUGGGCACAGCCAUCAUGGACAAGGGGAAGACAAGAUAUGUGGUCUUUAGGAUCCCUGCCGCUGUACCAGAGGACGAGAAGGGGACGAACCCCUUGAAGCACACGGAGGUGUUCUGCUCCAUCACCUCCCGCUCCCUCCUCUCCCCGAGCUAUUACCACAGCUUCGGCGUCACCGAGAACCACAUCGUUUUCCUUGAGCAGCCUUUCAAGCUGGAUAUCCUCAAAAUGUCAACCGCGUACAUCCGGGGAGUGAACUGGGCCUCCUGCCUGGCCUUCCACAAGGAGGACAAGACUUACAUUCACGUCAUCGACCAGAGGACCAGGAAGCCUCUGCCCACCAAGUUUUACACGGACCCCGUGGUGGUCUUUCAUCACGUCAACGCCUACGAGGAGGACGGCUGCCUUCUGUUUGACGUCAUCACCUACGAGGACAGCAGCCUUUACGAGCUCUUCUACUUGGCCAACCUGAACCAGGACUUUGAGGAGAACUGCAGGCUCACCUCCAUCCCCACCCUCAGGAGGUUCGCCGUGCCCCUCAGUGUGGACAAGAAUGCAGAAGUGGGCUCAAAUUUAAUCAAACUGACAUCUACAACAGCAAAAGCCCUGAAGGAAAAAGAUGACCAAGUCUACUGCCAGCCAGAGUUGCUUUAUGAAGGCUUAGAGCUGCCUCGGAUCAAUUAUGCUCGAAAUGGGAAGCGAUAUCGCUACGUCUUUGCUGCCGAAGUUCAGUGGAGUCCCAUCCCAACCAAGAUACUGAAAUACGAUGUUCUCACAAAGUCAUCCUUAAAAUGGGGAGAGGAGCAUUGCUGGCCAGCAGAACCCCUCUUUGUCCCCACACCGGGUGCUCAGGACGAGGAUGAUGGGAUUAUCCUAUCAGCCAUCGUCUCUACCGAUCCCCAAAAGCUGCCUUUUCUGCUUAUUCUGGAUGCCAAAAGUUUUACAGAAUUGGCUCGUGCAUCCAUCGAUGUAGAGAUGCAUCUGGACCUCCAUGGGUUAUUCAUCCCGGACACAGACUGGGACGCGAGGAAGCCGGCCCUUUCCCAGGAAGAGCGGGAUAGGGCUCCAGACAGCUGCGUGGUCCCGCAGGCCUGACUGGGGUGGGGCCUGGGCCCUGGGCCCUGGGCAGAAGGGCUCCACUGGCAGGCUCCUGCAGGACUGCGGGCUGCCUUCCUCUCUGGGUGAAGGGGAGGUCCUUCAUUUCGUUUGCACUUCUUCUUUCUGUGGUUGCUUUGAGACAAAGGUGUGGAAAUAGUGCUUGUUGGUAUCUUUUCUUUCCACUUAUUUUGGCCAUAAAGACCUUGUUUGAAAGUGGAUAAAUAUUUAUUGAUUAGCUCAAGCCCUUCUAAGAAAGCCUCUUUCAUUAUGACAAGGACAGUGACUAGAAACUGUACUAAGUCACAUAGUCAACCUUCUUAGAAUGAGCAACCACUGACAUCUCAGAGGAGAGAGAAGUAAACAUUCAUCACUCCUCCUUCCUGCCGCCCCUUCUCACCCUCUUUCCAGUAGACUAGCUCGUGGGUCUAGGAGCUGUAGCUUUCUCCACCGUGACUUUAGUAAAUGAUGUGGCCAGGAAGGCAUAUUGCUUUGGGGUCAUUCCACGCAAGGCAUGGCAUAAUUUAAAAUAAUAAAAACUUUAAAGUCUGUUCCAACCUUAUUUAAUUUUUCCAUGGCUUCUUUCUUCUGAAGUUCUUCUAAGGCAAUAAAAUAGAGGAGC